UCAGUCCAUUCGCGAGUGUUGGUCCGACACGAGGACCCGCAGUCUUUCUUCCCGAGUCGAACGGUUUCCGGCCACCGCUGCCGUCGACGCCGACGUAGUAAUAAUAUUAUAUUAAUCGUCCGUCUCUCGUUCGUUGAAAGUAAAACAAAAUAUAUACAAAAAAAUAUAUUUAAUUUUUCUUCUCGACACUUAGACGUUAUAGUAGCGAUAAAAAAAAAAACUAAAGAUAAAUAGCGAUUAAAAAACACGCGCAGUGUCAUUUCAUGUGAGCUCAUCACAUCGGUAGACGACCGCCGCCGUCGGUAUUAUCGACGUCGUUUUUGUUUCAUUUCUCUCUUAUAUAGUUUUCAUUUUUAUUGGACUGCAGUAGUUACGCUCCCGUGAAAAUGAAGCAUCAUUACCAUGUGUGGUGUUUGGCCGUGUUGUCCGCGGUAUUAUACCUGGCGCCGGCUCCCGCAGAAUCGACCAUAGUCCUUACACACACCAAUAUGGAAAAUUCCACAAUGUACGCUGGGACUAGAGUCAAGAAACGAACAGGAGGUGAAUCGAACGAUCAAGCAACUGCAGAGUCGUAUUGGACACCGGGACAUGUUCAAAACGCACAAGAAGAUGACUCGGCCUAUGUUCGGCCAGAAGACUAUUUCCCGUCGGCCCACGGGCUUGUACAAACUCAUCCAGCCACAUUCUCCGGGUUUGGAAGUAUUUCUGAACCGUCGCACGGUAAUCUGCCGCCGUUGGGAUAUUCGUCACUAGACUUCGACAAGAGAGGUCUCGAAGAAUUGCGUAAGAACUCUGAACUUUCGUCACCCGAAGAAUGCGCGAGAGCUUGUCGCGAAGGAGAGCCACCCAGAAUAUGUUAUUAUCAUUUCACCGCAGAGUUAUACAACGUACUGGGAGCAGCUUGUCAAGUGUGUACGCCAAACGCUACCAAUUCUUUGUGGAGCCAUUGUCAGUGCAUAUUAGCUGACGGUGUCGAAAGAGGAAUGUUGGCUGUGAAUCGUAUGUUGCCCGGUCCAAGUAUACAGGUCUGCGAGGGAGACAAGGUCGUCAUCGACGUGUUGAACCACAUGCACGGUAUGGAAUUAGUGAUCCAUUGGCACGGACUUCACCAGAAAGGAACUCAAUACUACGACGGUGUCCCGUACGUCACCCAGUGUCCGAUUCACGAAGGAAACACGUUCAGAUACCAAUUCGACACCAACAGCGGCACGCAUUUCUGGCACGCCCAUUCCGGACUUCAAAAAAUUGAUGGUAUCUACGGUAGCAUUGUUGUACGACAACCGCCAUCGCAAGAUCCCAACAGCCACUUGUACGAUUACGAUUUGACCACACACGUGGUACUGUUGUCCGAUUGGCUCCACGAAAAUGGAAUGGAACGAUUCCCGGGUAGAUUAGCUGCAAACACCGGUCAGGAUCCCGAGUCUCUAUUGAUCAAUGGCAAAGGACAAUUCACGGACCCCAACACAGGAUUCAGUACUAACACACCUUUGGAAACUUUUACCAUCACGCCGGGUAGGAGAUACAGGUUCAGAAUGAUCAACGCCCUAGCAUCCGUCUGUCCGGCCCAAAUUACCAUCCAAGGACAUCCGCUCGUGCUAAUCGCUACGGACGGAGAGCCUAUACAGCCGGUGGUCGUCAACACAAUCAUUUCAUUCUCGGGAGAGAGAUACGACUUCAUCAUUAACGCAGAACAGCCCGUUGGUGCCUAUUGGAUUCAAGUCAGAGGUCUUGGAGAAUGUGGUAAUAAACGCGUGCAACAAUUGGCCAUACUCAGAUAUGCGAGAGGACCAUAUCAGCCGAAAUCAAAGGCUCCUACUUACGAUGUUGGUUUACCUCAGGGUGUUGUAAUGAACCCGUUGGAUGCUGUUUGUGAUCGCCCCAGAACUGAUGCCAUUUGUGUGAACCAACUGAAGAACGCCAAAACUGUAGACAAAGGUCUUUUACAAGAGAGACCCGACGUAAAGAUAUUUUUGCCAUUUAAAUUCUUGUUCUACAGGCCUGACGAACUUUUCCAACCGCAUCAAUAUAAUAAAUACUUGGUGGCUCCCGGUGGUGGAGACCAUGUAAUCAGUUUGGUGGAUGAAAUUUCUUACACCUCUCCGGGAUCUCCGAUGAUCUCCCAGAUCGAUGAUAUACCUCCAGAAUUAUUCUGUAACGGCGAUAACAAGCCAGCGAAUUGUGGCAGAAAUUGUAUGUGUUCGCACAAAGUCGAUAUUCCUAGGCACGCCGUUGUGGAAGUCGUGUUGGUCGACGAAGUCCAACAACCAAAUCUGAGUCAUCCGUUCCAUUUGCACGGUUACUCGUUCAACGUCAUCGGUAUGGGAAGAUCGCCCGACAAGAACGUCAAGAAAAUCAACUUGAAACACGCUCUUGAUCUGGACAGAAGAGGACUUUUAGACAGGCAUUUCAAUUUGCCACCGCUCAAAGACACGAUAGCCGUGCCCAACAACGGUUACGUCGUAUUCCGAUUCAGAGCCGACAAUCCAGGCUACUGGCUGUUCCAUUGUCACUUCUUGUUCCAUAUCGUGAUCGGUAUGAAUUUGGUGCUCCACGUCGGGACACACGCCGAUCUACCGCCGGUCCCCGAAAACUUCCCGCGCUGUGGCGACUUUUUACCUCCGGUCAGUGUACACUGAUCACGUUGUUCAUAACACACGUCAGUUCAAAACUAAGUGCUCAUAUAUGUAACGCAAUGCGGUAACCACAGUUAUAGAAGCGACAAAAGAAAAACAUGCGCGAAUGUUUUUUUUUAUUUAUUUUAUUUUAAACGUAUAUAUAUAUAUAUAUAUAUAUAUAUAUGUGUGUGUGUGUGUGUGUAUGUAUAUAUAUAUAUAUAUAUAUAUUACAUUUUUGUACCCUAGAAAUAAUGUGUUAUGCCAUAACGAACAUAUAUUAUUUAAAUGUGUUAUUAUUAGUCACUUGUUCAAUUGUUUUUUUUUUUUUUUUCAUUUUAGUGUAAGUCAUUUCACGAUAUUAAUUAUAUAAUGUACAUGUAUAUAAUUUUUAUAUCUAGCACGAAAUUAUCAUUUAUUUCUGUCUUGCCUCUAUUAUUAUAUACGUUUGAAGUUUGAAACUCAUCAAUUGCUUGCCAAUAUUAUGUAAACCGUUUACUUUAUAUAUAUAUAUAUAUAUAUAUACAACACAAUACAAUAUG